AAUUGAUAUAAAUAAUCUAUCAUAUAAUGAAAACAAAGUUUUGGAGUACUUAUAAAGAGGAAGUUAAGAUUGGAGAGAUUUUGAUAAAGUCAGAAUUUUAAAGAAAAGGAAAGCUUAGAUAUUUAGGUGGGAGUGAGACAAUGUUAAUAAUAUUCGAGGUUUCAAUAAGAGUUUAAACAUAAGGACCCGCAAUUCAAGAAGGCUAAGAAAUAUACAAUGAUUGACUUUGAUUUGAAAUUUGAGAUGAUACGAACAGCUCCAAAGAUGAAACCAGGAUGUUAGAUAGUAAAACUAUCAGGAGGUGCUCGUGCUGAUUAAGUGAAAAGCGAAAAUAUAGAGAAACUUGGAGAAGCGACUGGUUUGUGGCUAUUUAGAGAUGAAGACCAUAGAUAUGAGUUAGUUGCACAUUCUUUGAUACUUACAUAAUGGAGAUGGUUUUUAGGUAAGCGCAUCAAUUAGUAUGGGUUCCAUCACUUGUUUAAGGUCUUUAAGAAGAUUGGAAAAGGAAACUUUGCAUCUGUUUAUUUAGCAGAAAGAGUUGAAGAUGGCUAAUAAAUGGCUAUUAAAGCAUUCUCUAAAAGUGUAGCAUAUGCAGAAGAAAAUGGAAAAGAAGGUCUAAUGAAUGAAAUUAAGUUGAUGCGAUAAUUAGAUCAUCCUAAUAUUAUUAAGUUACAUGAAGUCCAUGAAACAACAAAUUCAUUGUAUGUUUGUUUAGAAUUGUUGGAAGGUGGUCAAUUAUAUGAGUAAUUGAAAAAAAAAGUCAUUUUUUCAAAUAAAGAGAUUUUAACUAUUAUUAAAGGAUUGUUAGAAGGUAUUAUUCUUAGCUUUUAUGUCAAUAGGUCUCAAACAUAUACAUUCUAAAGAUAUCAUGCACAGAGAUAUCAAAUUAGAAAAUAUCUUAUUCAAAAAGCCAAAUCAAAUAGAAUCUGUAUGUUUGGCUGAUUUUGGAUUGGCUACUUAUGUACAUGAGGAAGUAUAUUUAUAUUGUAGAUGUGGUACUCCAGGGUAUUUAGAAUAUAUUUAUAAUAGUUUUGUUGCUCCUGAGGUUAUCAACAUAAAAGAUCUAACAACAAGAUACGAUAAAGUUUGUGAUAUAUAUUCUCUGGGAUUAGUAUUUCAUUUACUGUUAACUGGUAAGCCAGCAUUCACUGGACGUAGUUAUACAACAAUAGUAAAUUAAAAUAAGGAAGCAAAAAUUUAAUGGAAAUCAUCAGCGUUUGAUAUAAUUCCAAAAGCAGCAUUAAAUUUAUUGAAAAGAAUGUUAGAGACUGAUCCAAAAUAAAGAAUAACAGCAGAAGAAGCAUUAAAACAUAAUUAUUUUAAUCCUUAUCAUAUUCCAAAUAUAGCAUAAUUUGAAGAUGAAAAUAUAGAUAUUGAUGAUAGUUGUCAAUUAGAUUAAAGAUUAUAAAAGAUUAAUGAUCUUAAUAAUAAAUUUGAUAUGAUGCGCAUUAAUCAACUUACAAAUUCACCAAUCAGAUCACCUAAUAUAAGAGCAACAUAAACAUAAGCUAUGAAAGAAUAGAUGAAAGAAAGUGUAUAAUUAUAAGAACAAAUGAUUAUGCAUACACCAGUUAUAACUGGUAGAGUAGAAAGUAUUGAUGGUAUAUAUGUUAUUAAUUGAAUUUUAUAGAUUCCCCUGUAGAAGGAUCAAAAUAAUAAUAAAAAAUGAAAGAAGGUUUAUCAAAACAUAAGAGGUAAGAAUCUUUGAAUUUCCUUUAAAAAUAUAAAUAAUAGUAGUAACCAAUUAAUGAUGAUGAUUCAUUACAUCAAUAAGACGAUUGUAGAGAACCUGCCAUCUAAUAAGUUAAAUAGAGUUUAAGCAAGAAUUUAUGAUCUAGGUUCAAAAAAGUCUAUGAUAUAUCUAUUCUAAUAAGAG